AUGCGUUUUCAUCUCCGCUGCACAGAAACAAGCGACACCUCCCCCAACCUACGUCAGCCUCUCGAUUUGGCUGGCCACACCAAGUCACUUCUUGUCACUUAUGCCUCACAUACCCGUUCCUUGAGACCCGUUAAUACUGUCACUGUCCACAUUCUCGUCAUAGUCUUCGCUAUUCUUUUGCUUAUUUUCUUUUUUCUUUUUCUUUUUUCACCUUCCAUGCCAUCCUUCCUUUCCAAAAUGGAUGGUGUGAUUUUCAUGAUGAUGACGACAAUGACGUCAAUCACUUUCAUCAACUCUUCGGCGAGCAUCCGAAAAGGUGAGAGCAUAUAUCAUCAGUUUAUUAGCUUUGCUUCUACUACUACUCAAUACCCACUUCCGUUUACAGCGUCCAUUUUGUUUCCAGUCGUAUUUAUCUAUCUAUCUAUCUAUCUAUCUAUCUAUCUAUCUAUCUAUCUAUCUAAGUUUGUUCAGAUCUAUGUUCAUAAGUUUGUGCAUAUUCUGUUUCCAUCUAUUCCCAUUCAUCUAUCUAUCUAUCUUUCUAUCUAUCUAUCUAUCUUCUAUGUAUUCCUAUCUAUCUAUCUAUCUAUCUAUCUAUCUAUCUAUCUAUCUAUCUAUCUAUCUCAGUUUGUUUGUGCAUAUUAUCUAUUUACUGUUUCUAUCUAUCUUUGUAUCUAUCUAUCUAUCUAUCUAUCUAUCUAUCUAUGUUUUAUCUAUCUAUCUAUCUAUCUAUCUAUCUAUCUAUCUAUGUGUUUAGAUCUAUCUAUAUGUGUGUGUGCAUAUCUAUCUAUCUAUCUAUCUAUCUAUCUAUCUAUCUAUUCCGCCACACCUUCCCCUUUAUAUCCGACACCGUCAAAAUACAACCUCUUUCAUCUUUUUACCGUUCUUUCCGUCCGACGUCCACUUUACAAUGGCGAAUCCAUUUCUGCCCCCCCUCGACCUCUACCCCCCCCCCCACGCCGCAUCAUGUCGCGGCCAAAAUCUUUUAGGGUCCAUGAAUAUCACUGUCUCUUCCUUCUUUUUGUUAAACACUUUAUCUUCUUAAUGUUCUCUUACAAACACAAAGCACGUUCGGAGGCGAAUAUGCGUAAAUAUCUACAGAUUCCAGCCCCUGAAAAUAAAUAUGCCGUAGCCUUUCGCUGUUUUUCUUUGACUCUACACCCGUGUGUCUUGUAUCAUAUCGCCCGGUUCACACUUCUUUCCCCGUUUAUUGAAUCAUAUCGCCCGGUUCACACUUCUUCCACAUCUAUUGAUUCAUAUCGCUCGAUUCACACUUCUUCCCAGUAUAUUGUAUCAUAUCGCCUGACUCACUAUUCUUCGCCGUCUAUUGACUCAUAUCGCCCGGUUCACACUUUUUCCGCGUCAAUUGAUUCAUAUCGCCCGAUUCACACUUCUUCCCAGUAUAUUGUAUCAUAUCGCCCGUUUCACACUUCUUCGCCGUCUAUUGAAUCAUAUCGCCCGGUUCACACUUUUUCCGCGUCAAUUGAUUCAUAUCGCCCGAUUCCCAGUAUAUUGUAUCAUAUCGCCCGACACUUCUUCCCGUCUAUUGAAUCACAUCGCCCGGUUCACACUUCUUCCACGGCUAUUGAUUCAUAUCGCCCGAUUCACACUUACAUUUUCUCAGCGACAUUAUUGCCUUUCUAUGGGUGA